AUGUCACACCAUUGUAUCCUCGCAAAGACCCUAGAGAGUAACCUCCCACUUAACAGGUCGGUGAUCCCUCCUUACUCUGGAGGAACAGGUACUCCAGCUCUCCAGGGGCUGACUACAUUUGGCGACCCGUUUCUGUCCAGUGCUUCUGAGUGCUCAGCUGCUGGGUCUGCAGAAAGCCUUGCUAUGAAUGACCGAAACAACCGUAGACGGACAAUGAAGGACGAAGAGACCUUUGAGCUCCCCAUCCCCUUCAAAGAGGCACCGCACUUAGACUCACAGAUCUUCUACAGUCUGAGUCCCUCUCGGAGAAAUUUUGAGGAUCUUCCAGAGGCCACCUCUCCAACCCUGGCCCUGAUGAACAGCGUUAAGGCCCAACUGCACAUGGCCCUUGAGAGGAACUCGUGGUUGCAGAAGCGCAUUGAGGACCUGGAGGAGGAGAGGGACUUUUUGCGCUGUCAGCUGGACAAGUUCAUUUCCUCUGCCCGGAUGGAUGCAGAGGACCACUGCCGGAUGAAGCCUGGGCCUCGAAGGGUUGAUGGGGAGAGCCGGGCUGGGUUUGGGGGAGAAGCCUCAGACCCUGAGUCGGCAGCCUCCUCCUUCAGUGGGGUGUCGGAAGAGGGCAGUGCCAGUGAAAGGAAGAGGCAGAAGCCAAGGGGAAGUACUGGCCGGAGGCGAUUUGGGAAACCCAAGUCACGAGAGAGGCAGCGGGUGAAGGAUGCUGAUGGGGUCCUCUGCCGCUACAAGAAGAUCCUGGGCACCUUCCAGAAGCUGAAGAGCAUGUCCAGAGCCUUCGAGCACCACCGUGUGGACCGGAACACGGUGGCGCUGACCACGCCCAUCGCGGAGUUGCUCAUUGUGGCUCCAGAAAAGCUGGCUGAGGUGGGAGAGUUCGACCCGUCCAAGGAGCGCCUACUUGAGUACUCCCGCCGCUGUUUCCUGGCACUGGAUGAGGAGACUCUCAAGAAGGUGCAGGCUCUUAAAAAGAGCAAGCUGCUCCUGCCCAUCACCUACCGCUUCAAGCGGUGAUGUCACCGCCCACACGCCUCCCCACCCAGGAGACCGCUGGCCAGGGCCAGGCUUCCCCGGGCCAGAAGCUGCCCUUCCUGCCUCUCUGCCGCACACGCUAGGCACCCCAUCUUCAUUCCACUCCUCAAGGGCUGCCAGCUCGGCCUCGCUAGCCAGGAGUAGCCCAUGUGCAUCCCACGUGAAGAUAGAGCAUUAUUCAGAAAAUUUAAAUUAAAGAGACAUGAAAAUUUUCAAUAAA